CAGUUGGGUGUAUCUUCAUUCGUAGUUGAACAGUCAGGCAGGAAAAGCGGAUCGCCGAGCGAUACCGGUGUGGAUCAGUGCAAAGGAUUGAAGUGAUUUUUUUUAAAUCCAGGAUCCGAAGUUAACUAGAACAACAUAGUGAGGAGUAGGUUUUCAGUAUGCAUGCUUUCGGCAAGGUUCUAGUAGCCCUAUCAGUAAUUGGUCUGGUAGUGGCAGAGGUAUACUUCGAGGAAGGAUUCAAAGAUGAUUCGUGGGAGAAGAACUGGGUUCAGAGUGAGCACAAGGGAGUGGAAUAUGGAAAAUUCGUUCGAACUGCCGGCAAGUUCUUCAACAACGAGGAAACCGAUAAAGGUCUGCAAACUUCCCAGGAUGCCCGGUUCUACGCUUUGUCUACCAAGUUCCAACCAUUCUCGAACAAGGACGAUACCCUGGUCAUCCAGUUUUCGGUUAAACAUGAACAGAACAUUGACUGUGGUGGCGGUUACCUGAAAGUGUUCGACUGUGCUCUGGAGCAGAAAAAUUUGCACGGUGACUCACCGUAUCUGGUUAUGUUCGGGCCGGACAUUUGCGGACCGGGCACCAAGAAGGUGCACGUCAUCUUCAGCUACAAGGGCAAGAACCAUCUGAUAAACAAGGAUAUUCGCUGCAAGGACGAUGUCUACACCCAUUUCUACACGCUGAUAGUGAAGUCGGAUAACACGUACGAAGUUUUGAUCGACAAUGAGAAGGUUGAGUCGGGAUCACUCGAAGAUGACUGGGACUUCCUGCCCCCGAAAAAGAUCAAGGAUCCAGAAGCCAAGAAACCGGAAGACUGGGAUGAUCGUGCUACCAUUCCCGAUCCGGAAGACACCAAGCCAGAGGACUGGGACAAACCAGAACACAUUCCGGAUCCAGAUGCUACCAAGCCGGAUGAUUGGGACGAUGAAAUGGAUGGUGAAUGGGAACCACCGAUGAUUGACAACCCAGAAUACAAGGGCGAAUGGAAGCCGAAACAAAUCGAUAAUCCCAACUACAAGGGUGUCUGGGUUCAUCCCGAAAUCGACAAUCCGGAAUAUACCGAAGACAACACUUUGUAUCUGCGCGAAGAAGUUUGCGCCGUUGGUCUUGAUCUGUGGCAGGUGAAAUCUGGCACUAUCUUCGAUAACUUCAUGAUCACAAACGACGUAGAAGAGGCCAAAAAGGCGGCAGCUACUUUCAAGGAUACCCAAGAGGGUGAGAAAAAAAUCAAGGAAGCCCAGGAGGCCGAAGAGCGAAAGAAGGCUGAGGAGGAAGCUAAAGCGGCCGAAGCUGAGAAAGACGACGAAGAUUUGGACGAUGAAGAGGACGAUGACAAUGCAACCGGUGAGGCAACCGAAGUGGACGAAGAGGGACACGAUGAGCUGUAAGCUCCAGCAGGAGUACGAUCUUCUGUCAGGGGAUGUGCAUUUAACGUCACUAUCUAAAAUUACCCCUUUUAAGUUCCAAUUCCCUUUGAAUCCUUCCAAUUUAUUGUUCGUUUUCCUUUCUUUUUUUGUUGUCUAACAGUAUGAAGACUAUGUUCAAAUAGUCACUGUUAUUUAUCUGAGACGAGUCAGUGUUUUUUUCUUGCGAGUAUAAAAAUGCCUCAACAAACGAAAGCAAAGGUUCUACCGAAUCAGCGUUUAGUGCUUGAAUAAAAUGAAAAAGUCUGAAUAAUCAUUUUAAUCUGGGUUACGUUAUGGAAGAGAGGUUGUCGCAACUUUAGAAUCCGACUGGUAGCGAGAAGUAUAAGACACACAUUGCUUUUUUGUGAUUGCGACUGAAUGAAACAUGAUUUAGGUGUAUGAUGUGCGUGUACAUAAGUUUUUUCUCUGUUUAAUUCAAAUUGAAUUACUUUUAGAAGUAUAGGAGGAAAAAAUCUGAAUAAAACUGGCUGAAUAUUCAAAAGUA